AUGAGAAAGGUCUCGUUGCACCCGCGGAGGGAGGACGAGCGAAGGGCGUCCCGCGGGGCGGGCCACGUGCCAAGCGUGAGCACCGCGCGCACCACGCGCAACUUCCGAGAUCAAGCGCACCACGCGAAACGACAUCAAUGGGUGCGCACAAAACUAUCACGAGUGCGCCCGACCCCUUGCACAACGUCAGACUUGGUGCACUCGUUACGGUGCAAAGGGUUGAACGACCGCUGCGGCGACACCGCCAGAUGCUGCUGCUUUUACUCGCUACGCAAGCGCCGGAACCGCGCCCAUGUCCUACAGCUACUCCCACUGUUGAUUAAUAGGGAUCCACUUCGC